CACAGUUGGCAUGACCCAGGAGGCAGUGGGGUGAGAGGAGAGCGAAUGAGGGAGGGAGCAAGAGAGAGGCCGAGGGAGAGAGAAAGAAGAGAAGAGGAGAGAUAGAGAGAAGGAUACGGUGAAUUCUGAGGGAGGUGAAGGAGGAAGGAACUCUCUGGACCCUUUUCUCCGUAAUUCAUCAUCUGCCGGGGGGAAACUUUUUUCAGGCACAAUAACGCCCGGCAAAUGCACACAUCUCUGCAGCUGUCGAGAAAGUUUGCCUGAUUAAAUGUGCCUGAUUGAAGUUCUUUUCCCCUUUUCUCGAUCAGGUCUCUCUCUUCCUCCUCUUUGGUUUAAUCUUAAACCCAUUCUGCCAUCCUCAGGGACCCCUCUAGAGAGAGAAGAAACAUCCAAUUCCACCUGGCUUCUUCCUGUGGGAGAUUAAAAGCCUGGACCCUCCUCACUACGACCUUCCUACUCUGCUCUCUCUCUCCUCUCUCUCUUCUCUCUCUCUUUUUCUCUCUCCAUCCCCACCAUCAUGACCUUGCUGGCCUCUGAGAGGUCAAUCCUCAUUCGCAACAAAUUCCGCUCAGUUUUGCAGCUGAGAAUUCAAAAUCGAAGACAGCAGAGUGAAAACAAUGCAGAUCCAGGAUUAAAAAAUUCUUGCCCGCCUAAACCAGGGGAAAAGGAUACAAGUGACGCUUUGCGUCAAACAGACGAUGGCGCCACUCAGAAGUCGCCCCCUAGUGGUCUUACUGCAGAAACUGCAAAAGACGGCGGUGGUGUCGGAGGGGCACACAGGCAGAAGAGGCCGCGGAUGUCCGAUGACCUGAGUGAGAGGAUUCAGCUCCGGCCCUGCGGCCCCCAAGAUCUUCUCAACAAGAACAUCCUGCCCUUGAACAGCACUUCAGUCUCGUUCCCGGUGGCCUCUGAUGUCUUCGAAGAUGACAUCUCCUGCUCCUGCUCCUCGUCCUCCUCGUCUCCCGAGCAACUCGGGAUGCUCCAGUCCCCCUCCGCCCCCUCCGCUGCCUUCUCCCUCUCGUCGCCGCCGCCGGGACUCUCCAGCGAUCAGUCACUGAGUGACCUGUCGCCCGCCAACACGCCCCUGAACCGCAGCCCCAACCAGCGCAGCUUGGCGUUGCUCCCGGCAACCGAGAGCAUCAAGCAGCCAAUGACCAUGACUGUGGCGGAGACCAACUCCAUGGCAACUGCCGGGAGAUCGAAGGGAAUGUGUAUGACCUCUCAGACCGCCUCACUGCUGCAAAAGCAGACAGCUCAGCAGCAGCAUCAGCAGCACCACCAGCAGCAGCCCAUCCCCCAACAGCCCCAGCCCCCUCAUUCCAUGCUGGCCGCAGCGUCCGCCGCCCCAAGCAGCCGCCCCCCUCGCUCGCGCAAGCCCCGGGACUGGCCCAAGAUGAGGGAGCUCAAGUACCACCAGUACAUUCCCCCGGACCAGCGCGGCACGGCGGGCAACGGCUCCUCCUCCUCCUCCUCCAGCUCCGCCCAGAAGAGCUCCGGCCCCGCCCAGACCAUCGACCCCGCCUACUCGCGCCUCCUGCAGCAGCAGCAGGUGUUCCUGCAGCUCCAGAUCCUCAACCAGCAGCAGCAGCAGGUCACCGUGGCAACCAGUGGCGACAAGCAGUUGGUGCGUGUGUCUGGCUCCGCUCUGCAGUCUCAGGCCUCUGUCUCCCCUUCGGCGACCCCAGCUGUGCCUGCUGCCACCAGUGUGUCUCAGAAGCCAGAGCCGCUACCGCUCAAUCUCGAUGACCUCAAAGUGUCUGAGUUGCGGCAGCAUCUGCGUAAGCGCGGCCUAACCGUCUCAGGCACCAAGCCGGCCCUGUUGGAACGCCUGCGUCCCUUCCAUCUCCCGCGCCCCUGCGUCGCCACCCCCACCACCGCCACCGCCCCUGUCCCCGCCCCCGUCGCGCCCCUUCCUCAACUCGGCUGCACCCAGGACGCCUGCAGCAGCGGCAGCCUCUCCAACACCACUGCCAGCCCCACUCCAGCCUCCGAGCCUCCAGUAGCAGCAGCCAAGCCUGGUCACGUGUUCAUCCAGCAGGCCCCAGGCGCCGUGGUGGCCAGCUGCCUGCCCGAUCAAGGCAUGUCCAGUGUGGGGUUCCUGGCCUCCUCUUCUUCCCCCCCGAUGGGCUCCAGCCCCGGCCUGCAGGCCUCCUCCCCACUGUCGAGUGGCGCCCCCUGGAGGUCCGAGCAGGCGGCGGAGGAGCUGAGCGUGGAGCUGAAGAUGAGGGAGAGGAUAAGGAAUCGUCCUCGCGACCGACAGCGAGAGGUCAGCAUCUCGGAGUCUUGUGCAGCCUCCCUUCAUCCGUUCCUGCAACAGGACCCAGGAUGCACCCGAGGCAAGGAGGCCCAGGACGGACAAGCCGAGGUCUUAUUCCCGCAGGUGUUCACAAGCCAGAUGUGUGACGUGAUUGGUCAAGAUUUUGAGCUGCCCCAGCAAAUCACGGCGAGCCCUGUGGCGAGCCAUUCGCCGGGUGUACGAAGCCUAGAGGAGGAGCUUCAGGAAGCCAUUCAAAGAGUACAGAUGGAUCCUAGUCAGUCCAUUGAUGAUAUUCUGGAAGGGACCAUUGGUCAUUCAGAUGAGGCCUGCUCCGUCACCGAGAUCCAAUCACCUGACAACUUUCUGGCUGGACCCUCCCCGCCAGCCCAAUCCGACCAAUCGCAGGCACCGCAGAGCCAGUCCAAGGACGAGAACUUCCUGUCUUCCCCCCUCUGCUCCUCCCUACUGCUGGAGCUGCCACCGUCCCCAUCCACCACCUUGCCUGUCACUCCGGCGCCACCUCCCCCGCCGCCUCCCACCCUCUGCACCACCCCGCCCCCCAACACCGGCCGCUCCAGAAAGAGGCGCAAGGCUGCGACCCUUGACACCGCUGACUGGCUAGAGUCGUUGACGUCCGGCCUGCGCCCCCUCACCCCACCCGCCGCCCCUUUCGUGGAGGAGGACUUUGGCCUGGACUGGGAUCUGAAUGUCAACCGCGUUCUCGAUCUUAUGGUGGAGCAGUGGUGAUGGAGGGAAGGAAGGAAGCAUUCAGCCACAUCCCUCUCUGUGGUUGCCUGUUGUAUGUGUGCUUGUUUUGUCUUGAGUCCCUUUGUGAGAAUGUGUGUGUGUGUGUGUGGGUGUGUGUGCACGUGUAUGUGUGUGAGACUGGAUGUGUGUGCUUGGGUGUCACUUUCUCUCAAAGACCCCACCUCCUCCCCCCACCCACCCACAGACACACACAACAGGUGAAGCCACACAUUGUUCCAUGGAUGCAUCCAUCCACCUAUCCAGCCACCCACCCUUGCUGUCUGUCUAUUCAAGCGUUCAUCCACCCAUCCAUGCGUUUAUUACUGUCAACUGAUGUGACCAAACAGAUUAUUAGAGAAAAGCAUUGACAGCAGGCCUGUGUUCCACGCAAUGUCGAGAGACAGGCACCGCUGCGAGAUGAGAGAUGAGCGGCAAAACAGGAAAGAAAGGCAAAAAGAGAAAGAGAGAAAGAGAGCGAGAGUGUUAGAAAGCUGCUUUGGUGACUCAUACUGAGACAGAAUCGGGUAAUAAACAUACACGUUCUGUGUACAGAUUACAUGCACAAUUGUGUCGUGCCUUUAAAAGUUAAAGACUUUAAAAAAUGUAUGUUAUAAUACAAAAGCAAUAUAAAAAAAGACAAAAAAGAACAAAUGAAACAAAAAUAGUAAAAAUAUGCGGGUCGCCUGCGGGACAAGUCUUGCUGCUGGAUUGCCAGACGAAGAGUCGGCAGGAGGCGGGAGACUUUGCCAGCAGAUGCUUUCCACACACUGUGUUCUGCCAGGGAAGCUGAGCGCUCCCUGAGUCUUUGUGUGCGCUACAUUCAGCUGCUCCUGUAUGUCUUUUGUGUGUCAAUGUGUGUGUGUUUCUCUGUGUGUAUGUGUAUGUGUGUGUGUAUGUAUCGGUGUUCUAUUCUUUGUAAAUGUCGAGUGUGUAUAUUGUGUAUGUGCAUUUGUGUGUUCAAUGGAAUAUGUUCACCAUACUUGCGCAUGCAUUUAAUUCUAUUUUCCUCACGCUGUAUAGCCGGGUGCUUGAGCACCAUGAAUGCACUUGUCUGUGGGAAAGUGUACCACGUCUGUGAAUAGCUGUAAUGGCAAUGUACAAUUUUUUACCAGAUCAAAAGGAGAGCACAUUGUCUUUCUAUGUUUCCUUUCUGGAUGGUCGUAGUCUGCUGCUGCUACUGCUGUGAGACACUGUCAGUGAUGCAAACUCCCUGGCACUCAGUGAAGGGAUUAUGCUGUGCCUGAGGGGGAAAUACAUUGGAUUUUCCCCAGCGAUCCACCAGCUACUGAACUGUGACUAGGUUUGUCCUUCUGAACGAAGAUAUGAUACAAUACAGUACAGUAGGUAGGAAUGGGUCCCCUAGAGCAGCCAAACAUAUCAGGAUAAUGCUAUAGUACUUAACCUGUGUCAUGUCACUGUGGGCCAGGGGCGCUGCUAACAUUUUUGGGCCCCAUGAAAGAUUCAAAUUUUGGUCCCCCAAAAUGACAAAUUAUGUUAUCAGCAUCCUUCAGGGGCCCUGCCAGUGCUGCCGGGCCCUGAGAAUCUGUAACACCUUUACCCCCUCGUGGCACCCAUGCUGUGGGCCAGCGCAGCACUGAAGCCUACUUACCGCUAAUGCUAACAUGAAAUCCUAUGCAGUUUUAUGUGUAGUGUUUGAUGUUGCGUUACGCAAGACAGGAUUCUGUUGGCUGUGUUGAAUUUGACCUCCAGGACACGUUUAUCGGAGGUGUACACACUCUUCAAGGGCUCUGGGGGGCUGCUGCACUGACUCUGUUUACAGUAUGUUUGCGGUAGACACAACAGACCAAGACAAGGCCUUAUCUGGGAAGACAUGCGCUGCCAAACUUGAUUACUUUGUGAUGGGACCGCACACAAAACAAAAUAAUGUCAGGAUCCUCUCUGAGCGACCGCUUAUGCCUCUCGUGUUGGUGUCCCCGAAAGCUGCCGGGACAACAUACUGCUUACGAGUGCAAUAUGCUAAAAUGAGGGCACAUCCGCUGGACGAGGCAAAACCACAUACAGUAUUAUAUAUUUAUUGCCAAAAACUGUCCGAAGUGGUUAUCAGAGAGGGAGAAUGCCUUCCUUUGUAGCUGUCAUGAAAAUGCUUGAGUAAGAUUGAGUGAUUUCGAUGCUUGCCAUUGAAUCCUGCUAAUAGGGAUAAUGUCUCUGAGAAUCAGAAAUGUUGUCCUCACCUAUAGAAUGCAUUGAGACUCUAGAAAAUCUAGGUCUCCUUUAAAAAUAAAAAAAACCUACGUUUUGCUCUUUAAAACCUGCUUGCUCAAUCUAAGAAAUAAGUGUAUACGUUCAGUGUUUUAAUUUUAUCCCUUGGUCUAUUUAUUAAGUAAUUUAUUCAAGCAUUGGUGUCAUAUUCUAUUGAAAUUGUAUCUUUCUGAAAAAUAAAGUCUUAAUUGAUCUUUCCCACC